CGCAGAUCCUCAAAUUGGCCCAUAUAAGGCACGUAGGUAUUGCACGUACCGGGAAUCCCCCACCACCUAACCAGACCAAACCAAAUCAAACUCGCCACCAUGUCUGCUCCAAAGAUCAUUCUCUACCACUAUUCCUACUCCCCCUACGCGCACAAAAUAUCAUACUACCUAACCCUGCGCGCCCUUCCCUUCUCUCAAUGCCCGCAGCCGCCAAUCAUGCCCCGUGCAGACCUAUCACUCCUAGGAGUAACCUACCGGCGCAUCCCGGUCGUCGCACUGGACAACCGUAUCCUCCUCAACACCUCAUUAAUCCUAUCCACGCUCGAGACUGCAUUCCCCACUGGUGCACUAGGCGGCGGGGAGGCCGCGGCGGAAUGGACCCGUUGGAGCGACAAGCUCUUCCGGUCGGCGGCGGCGUGCAUUCCCACGGGCCUGCCGGCGAUGAAGAACCCCGCGUUCCUGCGGGAUCGCGCGGAUUUCAGCGGUGGUGCUAUGAACCCCGAGGUUAUCGAUGCUAAUCGCCCCCGCGCUCUGAUGGGCGUGCAGAUGGGCUUUGAGCACACAGAGGAGAAGCUGCGGGAUGGAAGGAAGUGGAUCCUCGAUGGCUACGAGGUGUCGUUGGCGGAUAUCAACGCCGUGUGGGUCCUAGACUGGAUGCUGACGCUCCCCGGCGCGCUGGAGGGCUCAGAGAUCUCGGCGGAGAAGUAUCCGCUGACGUACGCGUGGGUUGCGCGGUUCAUGGCGCGGAUGGGGCCCGUAGCCAGGGGGACCAUCGUUUCCGGUGCGGAAGCGAAGGAGAUGAUCCUGGCCGGCGGCGGAGCUCCCGGGAGUGGCGAGGAGGUCAAGGUCGUGCCCGUCGAUACCGGGAGGAGUCAUCCCCAGGUGGGACGCUUAGUGAGAAGGGACGCAGACACGGUCACGCUGGAGGUCACACCGCCCGGGGAGAACAGGACGGUUCUGUUGGUGGUGCCGAUAGAAGGGUUUGAGUUUGAGAAAGUAGAGACGGGGGCGAGACUUUAGUUAAUCAGAUGGCUUGAUCAUUCGAAGGAGAUAACUCCGUUGUCUAUUCUGUAACUAUUAAACAAGCCGAAAAGACAUAAAACGGAUGGCGGAUCAUUCGAAGGAGCUAACCUUCAUCGUAUAGCUGUUCUAUGUAGGUAAGUACUUGUACAGUAUCUAUAAUUACAAGCCGAAAAGGCAGAAAC